UCACAAUCUCAGCUAUUUGAGAGAUACAUCUAGCCUGAACAGUAGCGUGAAGCUGAUGGGUAUACCGGGCCUAAUUCAGCUCCCAUAGUACUGGGUGUGUCCUGCUAGACGGUUGCAUCUAGUUCUGACAAACGUCAUUAUUCUGAACUCCGAGAACUCAUCUUCUUCUCCUUAAACAGCGGGUGACAUUGACAAACAUUGAAUACCAUGAACCACGGCCCGCUCAUACGGCGAUGGGGAAACGACUUAAAUCUCCCCACCGUCAGAGACAGCCGCGGGGUCCGCUACGUCCCCUUCACCAAGAUCUCCUACCUGGAAGUCAUAGAAGACGACAUGGACUCAGUAGUACGCCCUGGCUGGGCCCCUCCCGUGCCUUCUCUCAUCCACAACGAGUGGUUGGAGCCUAUAUUACCGGACCGGGAGAUGUUAAUCCCCCGCCCUUUUAUUGAAUCCGUCAAGUCGACGGUUUACACUCAGCGAGAGGAUUUUGACAUACCCCGACCGACAUAUUUCCCCACUAAAAACUUUGUCAAACGGGAUCGCUCCGUGUUCACUCGGGACUCGCCCGAACGUCAUUCUCGACUGAAGUACUCACGUGACAGGCCGGUACAGCGUCACGUGACACCACGUGACCUACCACCCCCACGUCCUGCUCCCCAACGGUAUCCUCCAGCUCCGGCCCCGAAACCGAAAUUCCGGUACAAGAACUUGAGUCUGUAUCCCCCUAAAAAAGAGAGUGAACGCGGCAUUAUUGCAGCCAAGAGGAAGUUAAUCAGAGAAGCCAUCUCCUCGUCGGAUUACAGCUCUGUGCGACCGCGUCGUUCGAGCGCCUACGGUGAGCGGACUAUUCCUCAUCCGAUAUAUCUACCGGAAGUGCGACCCCGGCGACCGGAUACACCCCGUUUUAGACACAAUAGCGGCUCCGACGUUGCUCAAGAGACCCCUCCGAUACCCGAGAGGCGUUAUGAUGAGACUGACCUUGAACCCGUCGCAUCCUCGGUUGACGCCUUCACCCCCCUGGAAGGGCAGAUCGCAACCAGGAUCCGGUCACCCAUUAUCUCGGAGUGGCAGGAGGCGCUCAUUACACAAACGCUGUUAAGGGGACAGAGACUGCGCAACAUAGAGGAAAACCCAGAUUACUAGCACCGGAAGAUAGUAUGUGAACAACGCUUUCUUUUUCGUUUUCUUUUUUCAUUUUUUCAUUUUUUGUGUCCUUGGACUUUUGCUGCAUGGGAGUCGCAACAUGACUUUUAACUUUUGUGAAGCAUCCCCCUUGUUGUCAUCACGAGCAUCGUCAACUUUUUUACAACACUCCCUUUAUAGGUAUUUGAAACGCGCGUUUGCGUGUAUCCAUUUUGUACAUAGGUAUCUGUGCGUGGGUAUGUGCGCGUUCCUCCGUAAGAUGCUCGUUCCAUGCGUUGUAUUUGAAGGUAUAUAAUUUAUCAUAUGUAUGAGGUAUGAAUCGUCAUGAUUAUCUCCCUUGUUUCCUUGCUAUUACUGGUGACGUCAUGUUUUGUCGUCACGCACAGGAACGCAUUGUCCGUUGUGUUUGGCCUGAAGAGGCUCGUUGGAGCUGAAAGCGCUCUAAACUGGUUCCACUAUUGGUCGUUUAGUUAGACAGGAGCCAAGUCUAAAAGCGCUCUUUUGUAACAGGUUAAAAUAUACUUCAAGUUUAUAUUUUUAUCUGUCGGUACACUUGCAUUAUACCGGAUACAUGUCGGUCAUAUUUGUUUGAUGCUUAUAAUACAGGAAACGCGACGGCGUGUCUAUUUGAAUAAUAGGUGGGUAGAGCUACAAAUAAUCAGAAAAAUGACCCCGCGUGCAUUUUUAUGGUUUGAUAUGAUUAAACCACGAAAUCGAAUAUCCAUGCAACCAAUACACAUCGAAAAUCAGACAUCAACAUCGAAAAAUUACUCGCAAAUAGAAGUUCCAUAAUGGCAGCUUCAUCAGUAGAAGGCAUCGGGACUAUAUUUCAGCACACAUGUAGCAUUUUUUAUUUAAUUUGGUGACAGGAAAUGACAUUUAGUUACGAUAGCUUCUUUCUUUUAAAAAAUAACGUGUUUGAGUGGCAAGCCCCACAGUCUCCUGUUAAUUUAGAAACCGUUACUAAAGAAGGGGCUCGCGCACACCCCUUACCAAAAUGGCUGAAAGUAUCUGGUAUACUGCAAUGUAGCCAAUGUAUCUUACUAUCUCCAUAGGUCUAUAAAGAUACGUAUAAUUAGAGUCAAUACAUAUCGUUCAAAGUCAGUUUUAUGUUUGUUUGAAUAAAGUUUUGUUAUUACGUA